GUUCGCGACAGCAAGUCACCUAUCAACAUUUCCUUACAACAUCGCCAACAUGCCCGUCGUCAAAGGAGGAGUCUGGACGAAUAUUGAAGAUGAAGUGCUGAAGGCAUCUGUAUCGAAAUAUGGCCUGAAUCAAUGGGCUCGUGUGUCUUCCCUGCUUGCGCGAAAGACACCCAAGCAGUGUAAGGCCAGAUGGGGAGAAUGGCUGGACCCAGGCAUUCGGAAGAUAGAAUGGAGCAAAGAAGAAGACGAGAAACUUUUGCAUCUUGCAAAGUUGAUGCCAACACAAUGGCGAACGAUUGCGCCCAUGGUUGGACGGACUGCGACGCAAUGCCUCGAACGAUACCAGAAGUUGUUGGACGAGGCUGAGCAGAAAGAAGCUGGAGGGUUGGGACUAGGAGGACCAGAUGGAGGAGAAACACAAGCACCAUCUGCUGACGAUGUUCGUCGACUGCGACCUGGCGAAGUCGAUCCCGAUCCUGAAUCGAAACCCGCGAGGCCCGAUACAAUUGAUCUGGACGAGGAUGAGAAGGAGAUGCUGAGUGAGGCGCGUGCUCGUUUGGCAAAUACGCAGGGAAAGAAGGCAAAGAGAAAGGCUCGCGAGAGACAGUUGGAGGAAUCACGACGUUUGGCAGUUCUACAGAAGCGUCGAGAGCUUAAGAAUGCAGGAAUCAAUAUUAAGGUGGUCAAUCGCAAGAAGGGCCAGAUGGAUUACAAUGCAGACAUUCCAUUUGAAAAAAAGGCAGCUCCUGGAUUUUUCGAUACCGAAACUGAGGCUAUCCAGAACGAAAGAGAAAGGGAAGCUUUUGAUCCUCGGAAACAACAGCUCGCAAACAAACGAAAAGGAGACCAUGAAGAUGAUUCCGAGCGCAAGAAACGAAAGGGCGAGAAGGAAGCUCCAUCAGCAUCUUAUGCAGCCGCUAUGAAAGCAGGCCAGAUGCAAAAGAUUCGGGAGGCCGAGCAAAGCAGUAAGCGUAGAGCUCUAAUUUUGCCCUCACCACAAGUUGGAGAAGGGGAACUCGAGGAAAUUGUGAAAAUGGGUAUGAUUGGAGAGCGGGCGAACAUCAUGGCAAGAUCAAGUGAAAAUGAUGCGACGCGAGGUUUAGUCAACACAUAUUCUACUAUCAACAGUGGAGCGCCCAUACGGACACCAAGAGCACCGACCCAGGAGGACCAUAUCGCUAAUGAAAUCAGAAAUAUCCGAGCCCUCACAGAGACCCAAUCAUCUCUACUGGGUGGUGAUAAUACACCUCUAUAUGAAGGUGCUGGAAGUACCGGGUUCGAUGGUGUCACUCCAAGAAGACACCAAAUGGAAACCCCUAACCCUAUGGCAACUCCAUUUCGACAAGGGAAUGGGGUUGGAGCAACACCAAUGCGCCCACCUGGUCUACCAGGAUCCACGCCAAUGAGAACGCCUCGCGAUUCGUUUACUCUCAAUGCAGAUGGUGAGAUGCAAUUAGUUGGCAGUACUCCAAGGGAUCUCAGAUUGGCAGAAAUGGCCAACAAAUCCAAGUUGAAACAAGGACUUGCUUCUUUGCCAAAACCAAAGGACACGGAGUGGGAAUUGGAAUUACCAGAAGAGCAACAGGAAUCUGCUGGAUUUGAAGAGCUAUCAUCCGAAGAAGAUGCCGAAAUUCGAGACAGGAGAGAUAGACAGAUCCGAGAAGCACAGGAGAAGCUUGAUUUCCGACGACGAACCCAGGUCAUGCAAAAAGGACUGCCACGUUCUUCUGUGGUUGAAAUUGACGCCAUCAUGAAGAGUGCCUCCGAUAUCUCCGAUCCUGUCAAAGCUGCCAUCGAGAAGGAGGUCGCUAUAUUAAUCGCAAAUGAUGCUGUCAAGUAUCCUGUUCCCGGUGCAAAGGUCAAAGGCCAAGCUCCUACCGUCGAAUCUAUUGAUGACGAUGCUCUCGCCCAAGCUCGUUUACAGAUCAUGCUCGAAGUCCCAAGAGAAGUGGCCGACGCCGGCCCUGAAUAUUUCCAAGAAGCUUGGAAUGAAGCUCACAAUACAUCCCGCUUGCGCGGCUUUAGUAAUUACGGCGACGAUGACGACGAAACUGAUGAACAGCAAAUACUCAUGGGAGCAUUCGACGUAAGUUUUCCACACCCUCUCACAUCCACUCCCAGUCACUAAUGAUAAUUUCUAGAAAAUUCAAGAAUCCAUUGUCAACGCUGCUCAAGCUGGCAACAAGGCGGAGAAGAAACUUGCCCUCCAUCUCGGGGGAUACCAGAACCGCGCCAAAAUUCUUCGUGCCAAGAUUGGAGAAGCUGCUGAAGCACUUACCAAAGCAACCCACUCUCUAGAUUCCUUCAAGACAUUGCAAAUCAGUGAGGAGGCAGCUAUCCAGAGGCGGCUUGAAUCACUGUGUGAGGAGGUCAACUUCGUGGCGAGAAGGGAGAGGGAAGCUCAAGAUUUGUAUCGCAUUCGGAAGGAGGAGUUGGACAAUCUGAGUGGUGGUGAGGUCAAUGGGGUAAAUGGUUCGCAUUGA